AUGGUUCGAUCUCAAUUCGAUGAUCCGCCUCCACCAAGACAAUAUUAUCAGAGAAGAGAAGAAUCAUAUCGAUCAAGGAAUCAACCUGAGGCUGAAGGAAGAAAUUCGUACUACAAUCUGCCCAGCUCUUCUACUCAAUAUCAGCAACAAGUCACGAAUCCGAGCUAUUCUCAAUAUAUGAACUAUGAUCAACAAAUUCCAAGUUUUCCCUAUCAGCAAUAUCAACCAUUUGGAAUGGGGAAUCCGAUUGGUUCGAUCGUUGGCUUAAGAGUUAUUCAACUCGAUUCUGGACUUGGUUACAUUCCCGUUGAGCCUCAUAUCAACUACUUGAUCAAUCAGCAAUUCGGCAGAGGACCAAUUCAAGCAAAUACGCCAUUUCAUGGACCAUCUGUUGGCAAUUUUCCAUCAUCACAGACAAUAACAGCUUCUUCAACUCCAGCUUCAAUUCCACCCGCUGAUCCCGGUCCUCAUCGAUCACAGCAAAGAACUCAAUCUCAAGAUCCACCAAAACGACAGCAAAAAGAGAUUGAAGAUAAUUGGUUUAAGCCGACUCCACAGCCGAAAUCGGGUGUUCGGCGAUCAGCGCAAUGGAAAAAUGACGAAGAUUACGAUCCAUGGGGCCGUGGUGGGGCGGGUGCUCCGAUGAGAGAUUCACUUGGAAGAAUCGUCGCCGAUCGGGGCAAAUUGAGAGCCGCUUUUCGGAACAGAGCUGGCUCACUGGCGAAUCUCUCGAUCUCCGAUACUCCUCAGACUCUAACGAGGCAAACAAUAGACCAACCACUGAGCUCUCAAGAACUUCACAAGCUCGACUUAAUAAAACAGAUUGAAGAGAAUAAACGCCGACGAGAAAUCGAAAGACAACAAGAGCUGGAUUUCGAAAGAAAAGAAAUGAGAAAAUUAGAAGAAUAUAAUUUAAAAAUUCGUCGGGAAGAGGAAGAAGAAAGAAAAAGAGAAAAAGAUCGAGCUGCAGCUAUGGAGAGAAGAGCGGCCGUGAUUGCUGCUGAACAAGAUGCUCGAGCGCGUCAAAUUCGGAGAAGACUCAGUCCACCAGCUGAGAAUGUUGAACCGCGAGGUCGACGAGGCUCAGGGCCAACUCAUCGAGCUUCACCUUUAGCUGAUGAUGAAGAGCUGCCACCAAAACUUGAAUGGUGGGAACGCAAAGCAAACUAUGAUGAUCCACGUAAAUCCGCUGUAAUCCCAACAAUGCGAAAUGGACAAGCAACUAGACCAGCUUCAAGAAAUGGUCGUCAUGCCUAUAGUCCAGCUGAAUCGGUUAGACAACACCAAAGUCGAGGCCAAAGUCGCGAUCAACCUCGAUCAGAAAAUACAGCGACAAGAGGAGUUUCGUCGAGGCCAAGACGAGCCUCAAUUCCCGCUCACAAUCAACGCCCACCAAAUCCCGAUGAUGAGCGCCCGAUUCGACCAUCGGGUACAAAUCCUCCACUUGAUGAUUCGAUGCCAGGA